GAUUGGCUGCUUCAUGAUAGUCUAUAAAUGGUUUGUAAAGGGUCUAAAGAGGGCCCUAUGAAAAUAAAGUGUUACUAAAAAUUUAGUUAGGAUAUAAAAAAAAAAGAAAUUAACUCCUGAUUUGCUAACUCCCUUGUGUGAGUCAUCUUGGAGGGCAAUGAUUUAGAGUUUGUACCACAUUCAGUAUUUUCAGAUAUUGUUUCUGGAAAUUUGUUGGUGACCUUAAAGUGGUUUCUCUUGCUUAUGAAUUUGAACAGCCCUAGGGAUCUUCAGCGGUUAUCAUUAGGAAUACACCACCAUAAAACCUCCCAAAUCAUUAUGCAACCAUGGAAAGCAAGCAUUUAUUCAGAAUGUGAAGAAUUAGGCCAUGAAAAACAAACACAGUGGGAUGGAGUCAAGGACACAGUGUGAUAAAAGAUCUGUGAGGAAAUUUUGUCACCUCCAAAAAAAAAAAUGCAAGGUGGUGUUGCAGGUGGGAAUUCUGGGAGUGAAAAAGAUUCACAACCUGCUGAUGUUCCUCAAGGUGUCAGUGAAAUGGACAGUCAAACAAAGGCCAGUGUGAGGCUGAUCCUGAUAGUGCUGGAAUAACAGGCCUAACAACAGCAAUGGGAAACCUUUAAAUCCCAGUGGCAGAGAUGUGCAGGAUGGGAUAUCAGAUAAUGAAGAAGGUAUCCAGGGGACUACUGAUGACAGCUUCUGUGAUUUUUUUCAGUAAAGAUUGCUAACAGUCAAUCAGUUAGCUAUACAGUGUGAAACAAAUCAAUGAUUGUUUUUGAGAGCAACCAAAGCCAGACUGAAUAUUGAUGUUUCAUAACUAAUCAAUUUUAUGUUAUUGCUAAAGUCACAGAAGACUAUAUAAUUACAUAUUAUUCAAUCUGGCCAAACAGCUUCAAGUACAGCGUCAAGCUUCAAAUACACUUUUUCUAAACCACCCUUAAAAUAUAGUAUGUGUUUCAGGAUUAACCGUAAUUACAACUUUUUUCAGAAAUUUGCUUUAAAAAAAAUCACAAAACCCAGAUAGAGCUGCAUUGACUACACUGCACAUUAAGAGUCUAUACUGCCAAUAUUUUCCACACUGCCAGUCCAAUGCACAAAACCAAUGUUAAAGUCAAAGUUGAGUCAGAAGUCGAGUUGCUCAGAGCCCAUGGCUCAGAGCCUACCAUUAAAUAGGCAAUUGGGGAGAAGUGGAGUUCUCAACCUUCACAACACCACCAACAAAACAAAACAGUAUUGUAGCGUAGCAGUGAGUGCACUUUUUCUGAGUUUUUCCUGCCAGUGGCUCACCUCAGUCUGAACUUUUGCACCACCUCACUAAUUUUCUCCUUCUAAGAGGCAAAACUGAAACCAGGAUGAGCACCUGGUAUUGAUGGGCUGUCAGUGGAUUUUUCUAAGACAUAGUGGGGAAUUAUCAGACUACUUCAGAAUGGGUUUGAUGAGUUCUUUCAAAACUCUCUCAAUGUGCAGUGCUGUGCUGGCCCUUCUUCCCCAAAAAAGGAGUCUUUUGAAGUUGAUGCCAAAAUUUUAGGCAAAAUUCUCUUUGGUGAUCUUAUACACAAUAACCAUUUACAGUCAGAAGAAAUAGAUGAAAAUCAAUGAGACCCAGUAUACAAGCAUUGGGAAUAGCCAAUACAACAAUUUGGGAUGUUCUGAAAAAGAAAGAAACCACUGGUGUACUAACAACCAGACAUGGAACAGGUCAGCCAAGGAAAACAACAGCAGUAGAAGACGGAAACGUUGUGAGAGCUGUGAAGAAAAUGCAAAAACAACAGUCAGUUACAUCACUACCCCCCUCCACAUCGCAGGGGUGAAGGUAUCAUAAUCCACCGUCCGAAGAAGACUUUGAGAGCAGAAAUAUAGAAGCCAUACUACAAGAUGCAAACCUGUCAUCAGCAGUAAGAAUCAGAAGGCCAGAUUUGCAAAAAAUAAAAAAUACAGAGAUGAGCUACAGAAGGUCUGGAACCAAGAUGAACCUCUACCAAAGUGAUGGAAAAGCCAAAGUGUGGAGAAAGAAAGGAUCUUGAAAGAGAUUUUGUCACACUACUAAGUUCACCAACAUUGCAAACCAUUUUAGAGAUUUUGGAUAGUGGACGUCUAUGGAUCAGUUGGCUAAAAAGACAAGUUUCUUGUCUGUGUGCACUCUGUGUGAAUCCUAGACGAAGUUCAAGAACCUUUUAGACAAGUCAAGUGCACUGACCUCUGAUUUUCUGCAAUUAGUGUUGCUAUAUUAAGAGAUGACUUGACAAAGGGGAGUUCCUUGUCUCCUUUAAAAUGCCUUAUUUUCCCACUUGUCAGUAUUAUCAUAACAGUAGUUCAUUUACAGGCUUCCUGAGAACUCCAGAGUUCACGUAAUUAAUUUUCUUAAAAAUAAUUUCAUUUCUUAAUGAUGCCAACUGAAAAAGGAUUGGUGCACCUUCACGGGUGAAUCAUACACGUGACUGCUACUCGAUUGCUUUGAAACCUGAGCUUGCCUAAACUAAGAGGGAAACCCAGUUGCUAAGCCUGCCCACUCCUCCUGGCCCCGCCCCAUCCCCAUCCAUUACCAUGGCAGUGUCACUGUGGUUAUUGUGGAUGUGUGCCAUCUCACUGAGUAACAUCACCCCCUCAGAACAAGCCCUGAGCAGAGCGGCGAUGCCCUUCGGUCUGAUGAGGAGAGAGCUGGCGUGUGAAGGUUACCCUAUUGAGCUGCGCUGCCCAGGAAGCGAUGUCAUCAUGAUCGAGACGGCCAACUACGGCCGCACAGAUGACAAGAUUUGUGAUGCUGAUCCAUUUCAAAUGGAGAAUGUGCAGUGUUACCAACCAGACGCCUUCAAGAUUAUGUCUCACAGGUGUAAUAAUCGUACUCAGUGUGUGGUUGUUGCCGGAGCUGAUGUGUUUCCUGACCCCUGCCCCGGAACAUAUAAAUACCUGGAAAUCCAGUAUGAGUGUGUGCCCUACAUCUUUGUGUGUCCGGGCACUCUGAUUGGUGUUUUGGAGGCAAGUUUGGUGCGGGAGGCGGAGCAUCAGUCGGGGGCAUGGUGUAAAGACCCCUUGCAGGCAGCUGAUAGGUUGUAUGUAAUGCCGUGGACUCCAUACCGCACAGACACGCUGUACGAGUAUGCGUCCUGGAAUGACUAUCGACAAAGUCGAGUUACCACUACCUAUAAGUUGCCGAGUCGAGUGGAUGGCACCGGGUUCGUGGUGUAUGAUGGCGCUGUGUUCUACAAUAAAGAACGAACUCGGAACAUUGUUAAAUAUGACCUGCGGACCCGCAUCAAGAGUGGAGAGGCCAUCGUUACCAAUGCCAACUACCAUGACACAUCACCAUACCGCUGGGGAGGGAAGUCAGACAUUGACCUUGCUGUUGAUGAACAUGGCCUGUGGGUCAUCUACGCCACAGAGGAGAACAAUGGACGAAUAGUCCUCAGCCAGGUGAACCCAUACACACUGCGUUUUGAAGGCACGUGGCAGACAGGCUUUGAAAAGCGUAUGGCAUCUGACGCAUUUGUGGCGUGCGGCAUCCUGUAUGCUGUUCGCUCCGUCUACCAGGAUGAUGACAGCGAGGCGGGUGGAGAUUUUAUCCUCUAUGCCUAUGACACACGGCGAGAAAGGGCUGAGUCUGUAAGCAUUGCUUUUCCCAACCCAUACCAACACAUCUCCUCUAUCAGCUACAACCCUCGAGACAAUCAGCUGUACGUGUGGAACAACUACAAUGUCCUACGCUACCCUCUGGAGUUCAGACCCCCACAACCCACUGCAGAUCCUCUCUCCACACCACUCCUGUCCUCCACCACUGCACUCUCUCCUGUCUCCUCCACAGUAUUUUUGGGCUUCAGUCCAAGCCCCCCUCUUUCAGUGACAUUUAACCCAGCUGGUUCAAAAAACCGUGGCCGGCCCAUCACAGCCUCAGUGCCUGUGACAUUGCGCCCACCGCGCCAGCCUCAAGGCCGCACACCUAUGUGUGAGGAAAGAGUGAGCCGUGGUGUGCAGUGGCCCCAAACACCCCAUGGAGAGAUUGUCCAGAGACCCUGCCCAAAAGGAUCACUCGGUUUAGCCUCCUAUCACUGUAUGGCUGAUGAGGUGGUGUGGAAUCCCAGAGGUCCGGACCUUAGUAAUUGUACUUCACCCUGGGUCAACCAGGUUGCUCAGAAGAUAAAGAGUGGGGAGAAUGCAGCACAUAUCGCUGCCGUGCUUGUCAAUCACACACGGGGACAGGUGUAUGCUGGUGAUGUCACUUCCUCUGUGCGACUGAUGGAGCAGCUGCUGGAUAUUCUGGACUUCCAGCUGCAGGCAUUACGGCCUGCCAACAAGGAUUCAGCCGCACGCAACUAUAACAAACUUCAGAAGAGAGAGAGAACCUGCAGAGCAUUUAUUCAGGCGAUGGUGCAGACGGCGGAUAAUCUUUUGAGCUUAAAGGCAUUGGACUCGUGGCAGGACAUGAACACGACAGAUCAGUCUCACACAGCUACCAUGUUGCUGGACGUGAUGGAGAAAGGCUCCUUCCUACUGGCCAACAACCUCUAUGAGGGGCGAUUUAGCGAGCGCGCACCCAAUAUUGAUCUGGAGGUAUAUGUCCUGAACGCGGAUACGGAGAUUGGAGAUCUGCACUUCCCACACUCAUAUGACAGUGACAGCACCAUCCAUCUCUCUGAAGCUACAAUCAAACAGUACAGCCGUAAUGGUCAGGUGAAGGUGGUGUUUGCACUUUAUAAAAAUCUCGGCCCUUUCCUGUCCACCCAAAAUGCCACGGUGAAGACAGAAGUGGAGCUAAAGUCAGGAGGGCGGACUCUGGCUGUCAAUUCCCAUGUAAUCUCUGCCUCCAUGAAUAAAGAGUCCAGCCGUGUGUUUUUGACCGAGCCUGUCAACUUCACACUCAGACACCUACAGCUGGAGAAUCACUUUGGGCCAAACUGUUCAUUCUGGAACUACUCUGAGCGCUCGAUGACGGGUCAGUGGUCUUCUCAGGGUUGCAGACUGGUAUACAGCAACAACACACACACCACCUGCUCUUGCUCACAUCUCACCAACUUCGCUCUGCUCAUGAGCCGCCAGACCCCCACUUACACGGGCGGCGUGCAGGCUCUCAUUCUGUUUGUGGUUUCCUGGGUGGGCAUGGUGAUUUCCCUAGUGUGUUUGGCUCUGUGUAUCUCCACCUUCUGCUGCGUAAAGGCAGUGCAGAGUGAGCGCACCACCAUCCACAAGAACCUGUGCCUCACACUCUUCAUCUCGCAACUCCUCUUCCUCAUCGGCAUGGACAGGACCCACUACACCGUGGCAUGCCCUGUGCUAGCUGCUCUGCUGCACUUCUUCCUGCUCUCUGUGUUUUGUUGGUUGUGUGUUGAAGCCGUUCAGCUCUAUGUGCUGCUGGUCGAGGUGUUCGAGAGUCCGUCCUCACGCAGGAAGUACUACUACAUUGCUGCCUAUGGCUUUCCUACUUUGAUAGUGGCCAUUUCGGCCUCCAUCGACUACACUGGCUACUCCAGCCCCACCACCUGCUGGCUGCGUGUGGAUAACUACUUCAUCUGGCUGUUUAUUGGCCCUGUCUCCCUUGUUAUCCUGCUGAAUCUGGUAAUCCUAAUGGUCACAGUGCACAGGAUGAUCCGCCAUUCUAACGUGCUCAAGCCUGACUCCAGCCGCUUCGACAACAUCAAGUGUUGGACGGUGUGUUCAGUCACUCUGCUCUUGUUGGUGACAUUAACAUGGAUCUUCGGCCUCCUCUUCAUCAGUGAAAACAGUGCACUCAUGGCCUACCUCUUCACGUCCUUUAACGCCCUGCAUGGUCUGUUUAUCUUCAUCUUUCACUGUGCACUGCAGAAGAAGGUUCAGAAAGAGUAUGCUAAAUGCUUCCGUCAGUCAUCCUGCUGUGGUCAUGCUGCAUCCGGUGGUUCUCACGGGUCCCUAAAGAGCUCUGCGCACCGUGGAAACAACCGAUACUACAGCGGAGGCCAAUCGAGACACAAUCAAGUGCACAGACAGAGUCGCAUCCGGAGGAUGUGGAAUGACACAGUUCGCAGACAGACUGAGUCUUCCUUUAUGGCUGACCUCAACAACACACCCACCCUCAACAGAGGAACUAUGGGUAAUCAUCUCCUGGCCAAUCCAGUGUUGCAGACUCGCUCUGGCUCCUCCCCUUAUAACACGCUGUUGGCUGAAACAUUUAACCCGCCCUCACCAGCCGUCUUCAACUCCACCGGUACCUUCAGAAAUUCAAAGGGCACUCUGUCCCGCAGUCGUGAGUCCUGUGGUUUGGAGCCCGUUCGUCUGAAUGGAAACUACAAUAACAGCUACUCUGUGCACGGUGGAAGUUCAGACCUCCUUGGCAGUGUCGCUGUGGGAGACGUCAGCCCUGCCCUUUUGACCCCCAGAGGAGCGGAACCUCCAGGAGGUAUGAGAAGGAACCUGUCAGAUGCAGCAGCACUGGAGAAGAUGAUUAUCUCUGAGCUGGUGCAGAGCAAUCUGCGUCCUGCUGCCGAACGCUACAGCAACAACACCGAUACAGAGGCGGAGCCACGGGAGUACGUAAAUGCAGGGUUGGGACACAGGGAGCCGCCCCAACGUCCUCUGCCACGCCCUCCGCCACCACCUCCGCAGGAUGAGGAAGAACCACUUUAUAAGGCAUUGGAGAAGCCCCGCCUUCCCGAGAAACCACGUGUUCCUGAUAAACCCCACGUGCCGGAGAAGCCCCGCCUCUUGGAGCACACACAGUCAGUGUUCUAUCAGAGUGAGGAGGAUUCAGAAAGCUUUUCAGCUGAAAUUACAGACAGCGUGGGUGGUGUUGGCCCUGACUCCUCCUCCCUGUAUGCAAGAGACAGAGACUCUUCCUAUCCUGACAGCAGCCCUGAGGUUUUGGGAACUGAGCCUCGUUCAGCCCUGCCCCCUGAUGAAUUAUACUUCAGCACAGGUAGACACGCCCAUGUCUCUGCCUUCUACCAGCCCCCAUCACGCCGAACCAAUGAGGAGGGUCGGCUGGGGAUAGACUCCUCCCACGGAGAAGGCGAUGGACAGAUGCAGCUGGUGACGAGUCUGUGACUAGGGCGCUGGUGACCAGGACACGGAGAUCUAGGGGAGGAAGAAGGAGGAGUGAUAUUAUCAUUAUCAUCAUCCAUUACUGUAGUACAGUACUACAGCACUCUAGUUAGUAGUUUAAAAGCUGUACUGUAAGAAUAUCCUUGGUGAAUGUACCAUAGCCAAACUGCUAAAUUUCUUCACUGGGUAAUUACAACUUUGUUUAGUUGUUGCCAUUUCCCAACUGCCAACUAAACCUCUGCUUAUUGCACAAAAGCUGCCAGUUCAGGAGGGUGAGUGCUAAAAGACUUCCUCUAAAAUAUAUAAAUACAGCCACUGCAUUUUUUUUUCAAACUAUUCCACAAGUAAUGUCAUUGUCCAGUAUGAGUCCAGUACCAAAGGUUCCAGUAGUGUUGUUAAUGAUAUCCCCUCAAGACUGCCAUCAGCAGACCCUAAUGGCACUUGGGGGUGUGGCUAGCAGCACUGUUUGGCAAUUCGCUCUGUAUUGGUUUUGAGACCAGGCCUUGGUCAGUGGCAUGAAGGUCCAAAUCUCUAGGGUCCAAGGUUCGAUCUUAAGCUUACUGUCUGUGUGGGAUUUUGCGUAUUGUCCACAUGGUUGUCCUCCAGUUUACUCCUACUUUUCAUCAUAUACAAGGUCAUUUGAGGAUUUGCGUCUAUCAGUUGCCACUAGGUGUGAGUACAGAUAUGGGAUGGAAUGGCCAUUACAGGGGGUAGUGCUGACUUGCACUCAGAUUUACUAGCACUCAACAAGGGUUGAACAAAUAAAUUAAUGAGACUUAAUCUCCUUUGUCCAGUGAGUUUAUUGGUUAACCAAAUGGCAUAGCAACUUAUUCCAUUCCAGAAACUGGUGGGAAUCAAACUGGAACAGAAGCCCUAAGAACCUUUUUUGGUUUUACAGUGGAACACCCAGGUACUGAUAUCACCCAACAUGUAGCUAUGUUCUCUAGCCAAUCCAUUCCAUGGAUAAAAACAUAACUGAUUAAUUCCAUAGGCACACUUAUGGAGUGAGAUAGUGAUUGAUUUGUGGUAUACGAUAAAUAGGGACACCCUGGAAAAGCACAUUUACCAAGAACCUGGUGGUGGUGAAGAUGAUGAUGAUGAUAAUGAUAAUGAUGAUGAUGAUGAUUAUGACUAUGUGAAGAAAACAAUGAAGAAAAAGAUUAUGAUGGCUUCCUCCUCUGAGUCUCUGUCUCCUGGUCACCUCCACACCCACCCUGCCCAUCUUCACUGCCAUUCAUCAACUCUCUAUUUCUGUCUCUCUAUACUGUAUAUUUGCUCAUCAGAUAUAUCCAUCUGUCUGUCGUUUCACAAAUUUCUGUCUCAUUUUCUUGCUCAGCUUUCCUGUGUCCUCUCUGUCUCUCUCUCUCUCAGGGUGGAGUGUUGGAUUUGCGUCUUGGUUCUUAUUUGAUGUAUUGUUUGUUUGUUUCCUGUCCUUAAGCCCCUUUCAGAAGAAUGUGACGCCUUCUCCAGAGACAACAGAACAAAAACUCUUGACAUUGCCAAAAAACCUUUCUUUAAAGGGAGCACAUACACACACACACACACACACACACACACACACACAGACUCAUUUCUUGCGUUCUCAGUGUUCACACUGAAAGGCCUUCCCCGGAGGUCAGGGGUCAAAUGUUAGUUGCGAUAGUGGGGCCAUGACCUUGACCAGGGAUCCAUAAUGUGGUCUGCUUGGUUCGUUUUGCUGCAACCUGUUUGGACUUCUAGGCACUAUGGACCUCAGACAUGCCCCAGGGGCCUCAACCAAUCAGGUUCUUUGGUUCAGAGACAAGCAAAGCUCACAGCUCUGCCCCUUUUUCUAGACUCGACAAGGAGGCAUGAGCAGUCUAUUGUCAUGUAUCUGGUGUAAAUAGCGGUAAGAGAAUGAAAGAUUGAGAAACUGCUUCUUGUAAUAUCUACAAAUGUUACAAACAAAAGGAAACAAAAUCACGUAAAAGGAUGUGUAGAAGACCUGAAUGAUACUCUAUAUCUUUCACUAGUCUCUCCCUCUGUCUCUCUCUCUCUCUCUCUCCUUCUCUCUUUUCUAUCUUCUUCUGUCUUUCCUCCCUUUUUGCUCUUCCUCUCUGAGAGGGCGACAGAAGGAUGAGAUUUUGUUAAAGAGAUAGACAAGAAAUGUGUUUUAUUAAAAAAAAAUAAAACAAACUGGUGGGUGGAGAUUUUUUUUUCAAUACACCACAACAAGAGCGAGCAGAUUUCUGUAAAAGGAUUUUUCAACUCGAGGCAAGAGGAAUAAAAUGUAACUUUUUUAAUAAUAAAUGGAUUGAACAAAACCAAAGGAAAUUUAUCAGACUGUGUCACAAACUUAAAAAAUAAAACAGGAAGCCAGGAUAUCUGAAAGGAAAUCGAUCAUCUGGUGUAUUAAAUUCCUAGGAAGCUUUUAGAGUUUUCAAAGGUUUCACACCCCCUACACAAAUCCAUUAUAUGUAAAGAAAUCAAUACAUUCAAUACAAUUUUCCUUAGAUGUUUUCCAAAACAUGUUCCUUAGAUGACUUACAUUUUGUUUACUUCUCAACAAGUAAAUUAUACAGUUCCUGUUUUCACCUAUAGCAGCUAUAAUCAGUCAUCACCAGACUCUUUUUUUCACUCCCUUGAA